AUGGCCACCUACAAAGUCAGGGUGGCCACAGGCAAAGACUUGAUGUCUGGGACGUUUGAUUGCAUCUCACUGACCAUGGUGGGAACUCAGGGAGAGAGCCACAAGCAACGUCUGGAUCAUUUUGGAAGAGACUUUGCAGCUGGAUCAAUUGAUAAGUAUACUGUUCAAUGUGAUCAGGACCUGGGGGAGCUCAUUCUCAUCCGUCUGCACAAGGAGCGAUCUGUCUUCUUCCCCAAGAACUCCUGGUACUGCAACUUUGUUCAGAUCCAGACUCCUAAUUGCAUGACCUACCACUUCCCUGUCUACCAAUGGAUGGAUGGCUAUGAGACACUGGAGCUUCGAGAGGGCACAGGAAAGACAGUAUUAAAUGAAAAUCUCCCUAUCCUGUUGACCCAUCGUCAGGAGGAGCUUAGAGCCAAACAAGACUUCUAUAGAUGGAGAGUCUUUGUUCCUGGACUUCCAAACUAUGUACAUAUUCCCAGUUAUUGCCCCCCUCCUCCGCCUCCUAAUCGGCCAGAAUGGAAUGGCUACAUCCCAGGAUUCCCAAUUCUCAUCAAUACUAAAGCCACCAAGUUCCUGAACUCAAAUCUAAGAUUUUCCUUUCUCAAGACAGCCUCCUUUUUCCUCCGCUUGGCACCUGCAUCCCUGGGCAUGAAAAUUCGGGGACUGUUGGAUGAGAAGAGGUCAUGGAAAAAGCUAAAGGAAAUCCGGAAGAUCUUCCCUGCCACCAGGACUACCAUCUCUGAAUAUGUGUAUAAUCACUGGAAGGAGGAUCAAUUCUUUGGCUACCAGUACCUCAAUGGCAUUAAUCCUGUCCUCCUGAAACGCUGUCUCUGCCUCCCUGAGAAAUUCCCUGUGACUGAUGACAUGGUAGCCCCAUCCCUGGGUGAAGGCACCUGCCUGCAGGCUGAAUUGGAGAAAGGAAAUAUCUACCUGGCAGAUUACAAAAUCCUAGAAGGCAUCGCCACUGUACAGCUUAAUGGACAUCAGCAAUACCAUUGUGCCCCACUCUGCCUGUUGCACUGUGGGCCACAGGGAGAUUUAAUGCCUAUUGCUAUUCAGCUCAGCCAGACCCCUGGUCCUGAGAGCCCCAUUUUUCUGCCCACUGACCCUGAAUGGGAUUGGCUCCUUGCCAAGACCUGGGUGCGUUAUGCUGAAUUCUACUGUCAUGAGGCCAUUUCUCAUCUACUGGCAACUCAUCUGAUUGGAGAAGCCUUCUGCCUGGCCACCAUUCGCCAACUGCCCAUGUGUCACCCGCUUUACAAGCUCAUCGUUCCCCAUACUCGAUUUACCAUCCAGAUCAACAGCAUUGGUCGUGCUCUCCUCCUGAAUAAGGGUGGCCUGUCUGACAGGGCAAUGUCUCUAGGACUAGCAGGUUUUGCUGAAGUGAUGGUCCGAGCUCUAGCUGAGAUCAAAUAUGAAGAUCUCUACCUUCCUGAUGACUUCAUCCGCCGUGGUGUGCAGGACCUGCCUCGUUACUAUUACAGAGACGACAGUCUGGCUGUGUGGGGAGCUAUUGAGACGUAUGUGUCUGAGAUCAUCAAUUACUACUACCAGAAUGAUGCUGCAGUGGAAGGAGACACAGAACUACAAGCCUGGGUGCAGGAGAUAUUUGCUGAGUGCUUACUGGGUCGGGAGAGCUCAGGAUUCCCUACCUGCAUAAGGACAGUGCCGGAACUCAUCCGUUAUGUGACCAUUGUCAUCUACACUUGCUCAGCCAAGCAUGCUGCUGUCAAUACAGGACAGCUAGAGUACACAUCCUGGAUGCCCAACUUCCCAUCAUCCAUGAGGUGCCCACCCAUGCAGGAGAAGGGGCUGACCACUGAAGAGAGCUUUUUGGAAUCACUGCCUGAUGUUAAAACCUCUUGUAUCGUGCUUCUUGUACUUUGGACCCUUAGUAAGGAACCUGAUGACAAGCGACCCCUGGGUCACUUUCCCGACAUUCAUUUUGUAGAGGAAGUACCAUGGAGGAGCAUCCAGAACUUCAAAGAACGGUUGGCCCAGAUUUCCUGCAAUAUCCAACAGAGGAACAAGACCCUCCCCAUUGCCUACUCCUAUUUAGACCCUGCCUUAAUUGAAAACAGCAUUUCCAUCUAG